UUCUUUUGUUUCGUUGACGCCCAUAAUUGCAGUGAUCCCGCUUUCCGCAAUUUCGAAAACGUCACCACCAUCAUACAGUUAUGUCAUUCCACUUCCGUUUGGAUAUUCUUUAAAAUUUAUAUGUUGUGUCCCUUUUCGUCAUAUCUAGCACUGAGAAUUUGAUUGAUAUAGAAAAUUUUAUUGUCGCUUAAUGGGGAAGUCCAUGUACUGUGUUUAAAGUAAAUUAACUGUUUGAAAAUUAUAGUUGGUACUGUUGGUUGCCUGUGCCCGCCGGCCGAUCGCUCGACCACUGAAGGCGUGUUUUCUGGUCAGUUUGCGACGAUCUGUUAUCAGUUGGUGGUCAAGAGCUUGCAACAAUGAAUAUGAAGGAGCAGAAUCAAAAUGCGAGCAUGACGUCGCGAAUUGCCGCCUUGAAGGAAUCAUUGAAUGAGGCACUUCACAAUCCGGAAUAUCAAUGGACUCCCGUAAUGGCUUGGGCAGAAAACAAAACAGGAGUGAACAGGCUGUAUCUAUUUUUGGGCUUUGUGGUCUUUAUGGCUUUAUACUUGGUUUUUGGCUAUGCUGGCCAGCUGAUAAGUAAUGUUGUUGGAUUCAUGUAUCCUGCGUACCGAUCAAUGAAAGCACUUGAAACACCUACUAAGGAUGAUGAUGUUAAAUGGUUGACUUACUGGGUUGUGUUUGCUUUCUUCUCAACAUUUGAGUACUUUUCAGAUAUCUUGCUUUAUUGGAUCCCAUUUUAUUGGCUAUUUAAGUGUUUGUUCUACAUUUGGUGCUUUGUACCACUGGAUAGUAAUGGCUCAUUGGUUAUUUACCAUCGUCUAAUACGCCCAAGAUUUUUGCGACAUCAGCAACAAGUUGACAAUGUUCUGGAUCUUGCAGAUACAGUUAAAUCAACAGCAUAUAAAGCUGCGGGCUUAGCAACCCAAGAAUUUUUGAAAAAGGACAGUUAAAUGUGAAGAUUCAACAUUGCUCCGCAUCCCAUUACGUACUGAUCAUAGAAUUAACAUUUAAAUAGGUUCUUAUAUUGUUUUCUGAGGUGUUAAAACUGUGGUUUUUGGCAUUGCCGAAAAUGUUUACUUCUCAAUUUUUGUAAAUGUAAUAAAUCAACAUAGGAAUGGGUCUUGAAUAAUUGAUAUGUGGCUCAAUAAAGCUGAAGGAACUCGAGCAUUAAACUGACUUGAGGUCAUUUCAUGCAAUUCUAAAUUACUUUAAUAUCCCCUGAAGUAUGAGAUCGAUGUUAUAAGUUGAAGAUUAAUAAAAUUAUAUUUGAUAGGAAUAGUGAGGUGUGUUUUGCACCACUAAAAAAUCAUUUUAGGGGGAGUUAUAAAGCAGUUUCAAAUUUAAAGGUUUCAUGCUCCAAAUGUUCAAAUCUUUACAGAUGAUCAUUGUACGUUUAUUAUGAAUUAACAUGCGUACGUUAUCUGUGAUAUAUUUGUAAACAUGCAUGUAAUAGAUGGUAAGCUGAAGAUUCUGUAGUUAAUGCGUCUACUGGAGUAAAAUUUAUCUGAAAUCUUAGAAAUUAUAAAUAUUUUAUUCCACGUAAUCUGCGCUGCUUCACACUGAAGUCCCACACUAGUAGAAAAUUAUGCAAUAGCUUUAAAGUUGUCAGAUACCUCUGGAUAAAUUUAAUUGGUGACCGCAUGUCAGUCUGUUUGAGAGCUGCUGAUAGAAGGGAGUUGAUCUGAGAACAUUUUUGUAUGAACAAUAGUUUUUCUCUCUGAAAUGGCUUUGAUGUGUUCUAUUUACCACAUAAUCAACUUGGGCAUUUUGAUUCUUUGUCAAUAGUGUGAUGCAUUAGUGUGUAUCUUAUUGUAUCUUAAUGUUUAACUUCUUAAGAAACCCACCUACAUUUUCCCUUUCAGUUAAUUGUUAAAAUUUUUGUUUCUAUGGUUAAUGUAGGUUCAAUGAUAAUUGGAAAUAAAUUUUACCAAGUGGAGAAAAAGUUGAUGAUUAGGUUAUUUCUCUUAGAUCUUGUUAAGUUCAAGUUGAAGUUACUUUUUAUUUAGAUGUUUUGUAUUUGCUCAUUUUUUUUCUUUUUGCAAUCGAUAAUUUGUACAUAGGAAUGUUCCAAUUGUUUUUACUUCAAUAUUGUUAAAUACAAUUUUAGAAUGUUUAAGAAUUAAUAUUUUUUGUACUGUUCCAUUGAAUUAAAACAAAAUCACAGCACAAGUAAAAUUUAUUAAAAGAUUAUUAAAGUUGAAAUAAUAAAUUAUCAGUAAUUAGUAAGAAAUUGGAUUGUUUAUGAUGAGUUCAAGAAAAGAAUGAAUUUGAGAACUUGAUGUUAGUGUUGGUUUGGCUAAGCUGUGGUUAUUUGCUAAAAUAAUUGAAAUUGUAAAUCCAUGAAACUGGUCCAAAAGGAAAGGGAGAAAGAAAAAAAAACUCAUAAAUGUUCAGUAUUACAUCUAUUUUAUUGUUGCAAGAUUCCAGUGUUAAUUUGUUGCAUUGUAGUUUUGGUAUUGGAACUAUUCAUGUUUUGAGAGUUGUAGUUACUGUUAUGAGUGGUGUUGAUUUGCUACUAUUCUGGUGCAUUCAGAUUUGUGAUAUUCUGAAUUGGUACAACACAUGACAUUGUAUUAAGUAUAUUUUGCCUAUAAUUUGUUUUUCUUUAGUGGAUUGAGAUAUGUACUGCUGGUAUUUUUAUAUGAGUAAUAAAUUAUUUUAAGCAGACAAAAGUUCAUUAAUGAAAUAGUGAAAACUGAUAUAUUCUACCCUAAAGAUGAACAACCCCAUGUGAAGGAAAGUUAUUAAAUAAAAAAUGCGUAAAAUUCUGGUAAUUUGUCGACGUACUUUUGACAGCUAUGUUCCUUACCCAUUUCGCGCUUACGUCGACAAAUUACUGUCUACCUUGCAAGUGACGCAAUCUUCGUAUGUGAUUGUUGUGUUUCGUUUGUUUUAUUUCUCAAGACUUGGCCAUGUGGUUUAACAAACUUUUUGUAAUUAGUCCAAUUAAUUCGAAAUUAUUGUGAAAAAAUAUUAAACAAAUAUUUUAAUUCAAUAAAAAUCAAGUUUGACAGACUUCCCAACUUAUGUAUGUUCCGUGGUAGAAUGUUCUCGUAUUCUCCCUGAAAAGGUCUACGACUUCGCGUACUACCUAUCAGGAAAAGGUGUUAUUCUGUUGUUUCUCUCCGUUGCUGCAAGUGGGUUACAACUAAAAGUUGCGGUUUUCCCCGCAUUGAUCUCAGUACUUGACAAUUGGUGUCCAAGACUGACAUAUCAAUGACUCGGGGAAAUCAAAGAGAGUUAGCUCGCCAGAAAAAUCAGAAGAAACAGAAUGAACAAAAUAAAAAGAAAGGGCAACAAGCGAAAGAUUCAAACAAAGGACUAACCUUGGAGCAGCGCAAGCAGAGAGAUGCUGAUUUGAUGCGUCAGAAACAAAUGAAGGCUCAGAAUAAAGAAAACAAUUCAUCUGCCACGUAAAGGCAAGCACAUUGACUUCUUGCAUUAUGAAUUUUGUUGUUUACUAACAAAAUGGCAGGGUCUUUUCAAUACAACAUAACUGGUGACAUGAACUAUUGUGAAAUUUGUUGGAUAGUGAAGGCAGUAGCACAUGACUUCACUAACAUCAAAGUAAAUUCCGAUUCAAAAAUUAACUGUAGCCCCCCUCCCUUUGGCCUAGAGUCUGGGGAAAGGCAAAUAAUCUGCUGUAGAUAUUGUGGCUUUCAUUGUUGAAAAAGAUGUAACAGGAUAAAUCUGAAAUAAAGUUAUUCAUUCAAAUAGGUUUUUGUUGUAAAGCACAACUAGAUUAGUAAGCUACGUGGAGAUUUUCCCUCUCCAUUACCAAACACAUUUCAUUAUGCAGGAACUGCCAUUAUUUCCUCGGUACUGAAGUGUUAUUUGUACUGGUGUUUAAAUUUUGUAAUAUUGUGUGAAUAUCUUAAUAAAUGUAUUUUAUUUGAAAUAAGACUUUUGUAUGUUUGAAGGAACUGAAGGUCAAAUUUUUCUCAAAUCCAUUGCUGUUUGCCUGUACUCCCCUUCACUGAGUGUUAUGCAUGGAUUGUUUGUGACUGGGCUAUAUUAGAAGUGACCUUCAUGUUUCCUAAUGUAUUGUGAAAGGUAAUGGCAUUCACUUUCCCUUUUAUCUUGAGCAAGAGUUUGUGUAACGUGUUAUGAAUGUUCAUUGAUUCAUAACUGUAGUGUGAAAACGUUUCUGAGCAGGAGAGAACUGACACGUGCGAGAAUGCCUAGGAUUCAGUAAAAAUACAGCACCCAGUACAAGACCACUUUAUUGCACCAUUCCCAUCUACAGUGGUUGCCUGAGCACAGCCUGACUAUUGAAUUUUUAUUUUGAAAUACAGUUGGCAAGGUUCAAGGCUCAUGUCUUGCAACAUUUACAUGUGGAAGACAGUUAUGUUGCAAGGAAACUACAAUUAUACAUAGAGAAGUUUAACUAAAAUACUUUUAAGCUGCAUAUUUAUUCAGGUAUGUCACAUGCAAUACACAAGUGAUAACUUCUUUCAAAUUUGUAAAAUGCAGGGAAAGCUUUGGAGAACUUGCAGACAAUAUAGCAAGUAGUGAAGGUGGGAGGUGAAAGGUGCAGUAAUCCUGUUUGAGGAUGGAUCGUUUGGUAAUUUGUCAAGCACUUAACAAUACUAAGAAAUGGACAGAUGGAAAAAUAUCAUAAAUGCUCACCCUUCAUCUCCCAUCUAAUUUAUCUAAUAUACCUAUAAAACUUGAAACAUGCUUCUAAUUUGUUGUAAUCACAUUAUUUAACAUUUUAAAACUUGAAUUCAACUACAUUUCACAGUCGAUAUCUGAAUCCUACAGACAUGGAUUGGAUUCCAAUAUUAUUGCCAUUAUUUUCGUAUACAUUGUUUAAGGCAAGAUGAAUUCUUAGGGAGUUAGGUUGCUAGGUGAUAACUACAUGGAACGUCUAUACAGAGCAGGCCAUAGUUAUUUGGCGAGCACCAAUGCUUUUGGGAGGAAAAUGACCAACUGAAUGAAAGAAUUCUAAACUAUUUAACUAGCAAGGAAUGUUAUGAGAAAAAUAGUGGUUUCUGAACAGUUACUAGUGAGUUUUUAAGCUUUUCAUCUUCAGAAGCAACAAAAUGAGGCAAAAGGCAUUAAGAAAUUAUGUAUUACUUAUUCUACUACAAUGUCUUAUUUUUAUAGAUAUCUUUAUGUAACAUAUGAAAUUGGUCAUUCCUUUUUAAUUAUCUGAUUUUUAUUACUAGUGAAAUGUAAUUUAUGAAAUGGACUUCUAAUUAACACUAAGGUAGAUGACACCUUUCACACUUACAUGUAGAAUUUAUUUUGCUAUUAAAAUUGAGCUAAUCCAACUUGUCUAGCCUGUAAAUGCAAUUACACAGAUCUGACAGAAAUAAAGUAAGUGUUGGAAAUACAUUCUUAGAUUGAGAAUAGUCGAGAUCAAACUCUUCCUUAAAUAACAACAAUCUCACUUUUACAGUUACAGGUUAUAUAUAGUGACAACAAUGAGACUAACAGCUUCCACAACACUUUCACUGAUGUAUUUUCAGGUAUAUAAAACUUCUAAAAACUGACAAAACUUCACAAUCCCUAAACAGAAUAGAACAACAAAUUGUAAAACACUUAAAAGAAACAACACCUACAUCAUAAAGUUGACGGAAUUAGGAGCUUUAAGCUCUAGCAAGAUCUUAUAAUGAGUAUCAUAUGCGCUAGCACAGUAACAUAAGUUCAAGCAGCCCGUUUAAUUUUAGGCUGAAUGCUACAAUAAAUUCACAAAGGUGUUCCUUAAUAUAAUAUAAAAUAUUGAUUCAACUAUAAAGCUUACUGUGGUCCUACUUAUUAAAAAACAUUCUAGUUAUGCACUGACACAGACAGGGACAUAACUUUGUCUGCCCACUUUUCUAGUUGCAACUAGAUUGAACCCUUGCUUUUAUGAAUAUAAAAUUCUCCUAUACUAUCAUUACCAUCAUAUUAAAACUAUUUGUGGCAAGAAGUGCAAGUGAAUACUGCUGAAAUUAGAGAAUGUACACUACUCUUCAUGUUCUCAGUCAAAGUCUUGUAAUGCAUUGUAGUACAUUGCAGAUAAUUAUGUACUACGACAGUUCACGUAAAAGAAAUCCAUGGGUAUGUAUAAUGAAACCCUUAACCCUUCCCCUACUCAAAACGAAACUGUAAGGCUAUUCUAUAGCUAGAGAAUGCAAAGUGGCUCAUUUUAAAAAGUGGAUGAAAUGGAAUUUACACACCAGGCCCUGUUGAAUUAGAAAGAAUCAAUUGUUCUGAAUUUCUUUUUGAUAUUAAAACGUUUAAGCUUGUUUUUUAAAUACAAUUUUUGGCUGCGGUUCUUUGGAAAAUUCCAUUCAAACUAUUUUGAAACGCAUAGAAGAUGCUAGUUUUUAACAGGUCUGGUUCACAAUUUCCAUUUCAGUCACUUAUUUGCAUGUAUUACAGGGCUACAGAUUAAGGGAGCAGAUGCUGCAGGGGGAAGAGCACUGGUGGUGUGGUAUGUGACUCUCUGAAGCCAUGUGCCCGUUGUUGCUGCUCUUGCGCCCGGUGCCGCCUUGCUCCAGAAGCAGCCUGUGGUGCAACAUUUCUCCAACAUAGACAUUGUUAAAUGCUAACCAAGGGGAUGUGGGCCACACAGACCCUGUGGGUAGAAGCUCUCCUGAGGCUCCGGAGGAGGAUGGACCGGGUCCCAUGUGGCCCCCAGGGAGGGCUUGUGGUGGCUGCUGCUGGAGCUGUUGCUGCUGCUGCUGUGUGGGUGGCGGCGGAGGAGGAGGCUGCACGUUCGGUGAUCGCCCGAUUCCCCCUCUUCGCCCUCCUGCUCCACCUGCAGCCCCACCCUCCACUCACAUCACCUGCAAAAUCUGACUGGCUUCAAAAGCGGUACCGGGCAACAGAAUAACAGGACUGGAUACAUGCCCCGAUUCCACACAGACCAUGUUGGGAAAUUCAUCAUCGCCAAAGUCUGA